AUGGCUCAUAAGAUUAAGACUAUUAGAGAGAAACUAGAUGAGAUUAAAAAAGAUAGGCAAUUCCACCUUUCUGAGUGUCAUGCUGAAAAAGGAGUCAUGAAUACAGAAAGGGAAACACAUUCUUUCGUGCAUGCAGAAAAGGUUAUUGGAAGAGAUGAUGAUAAAAAUAAUGUUAUAAGACUUUUAUUGGACUCAAAUGAUGAUGAUAAUGUUUCAAUCAUUACCAUAGUUGGACUUGGUGGACUAGGCAAAACCACACUUACUCAGCUUGUCUAUAAUGAUAAGACCACCAUAAACUAUUUUCAGUUAAAGAUGUGGAUGUGUGUCUCCGAUGAUUUUAAUGUGAAGAUAAUUGUAGAAAAUGUAAUAAAAUCUGCAACUCGUGAAGAACUUCAAAAACUUCAUUUGAACGAAUUGCAGGAAUUGCUCAGAAAGGAAAUUGAUGGGAAAAGAUUUCUACUAGUUUUGGAUGAUGUUUGGAAUGAGAAUCAUAAUAAAUGGAUUGAGUUGAUGAAUCUAUUAAUGAAUGGUUCAAAAGGAAGUAAGAUACUAGUUACUACACGUAGUGAAGUAGUUGCUAAGAUUACCAGCAAACUUGAAUCUUAUGUCUAUCCCUUGAGAGGACUAGAUGGAAAAAAGUCUUGGUCUUUAUUUACACAAAAAGCCUUUGAACAUGGGAUAGAACCAAAAGAUUCAAAACUAAUAGAGUUUGGAAAGGGGAUUGUAGCAAAGUGUGGCGGAGUUCCUCUUGUCAUAAUGACGAUAGGACAAUUACUUUAUGGUAAUAACAAGGAAGAUGAUUGGUUGAAUUUUAAGGAUAAUGAAAUGUCAAAGGUGAUUAAAGAAGAAAGUGAUAUUUUACCAUUACUCAAACUUAGCUAUGAUCAUCUCCCUUCGAACUUGAAACAAUGCUUUGCUUAUUGGGCAUUGUUUCCUAAGGACUAUAAGAUUAAGAAACAAAAAUUAACUCAUCUUUGGAUGGCUCAAGGGUUUAUUCAGGUAUCAAAUAAAGAAUGUUCAGAAGAUGUUGGUAAUAAGUAUUUUAUGGCUUUAAUUUUCAGAUCAAUUUUCCAAGAUCCACAAUAUGAUAGAUGGGGCAACGUAACCGCAUGUAAGAUGCAUGAUCUUAUGCAUGACCUUGCACAAUCAGUUGCAGGAACUGAAUGCACCAUGCAAACUUUUGAUAAGGUUGAAAUUGGAAUGCCAUAUGGACCAGGGCGUUUGACUAAUCUUCAGACUUUACCACUAUUUGUAGUAAGUCUGGGAACUAUGCAAGCCAAGAGAAAAAUCAAACAUAGUGGGAUAAAGGAAUUAAAUGGGUUGAAGAACUUGAGACGAAAACUCAAAAUUAAGAAUUUAAAAUUUGAGGAAAGUCGCAAGUUGGCCAACUUAGAAGGGUUGCAAUUUCUUCGGUCUCUAACGUUGGAUUGGGGGAGAAGUGAUGAUGGAAAGGUGCAAAGAAUUGAUGAAGUGGGGAGAAGUGAUGAUGAAGAGGUUCAAGGAACUGAUGAAGAGGUGUUAGAAGGCAGAAGAGACAGGGUUUCUUCAAUGUCAAGCACUAAUGCAAGAAUACCUGAGGCAAAAGAGGCAUUUGAAUUUAUGGUACAAGCUUUGUCAAAUUCUCUAAAUGAAUGGAGCUGGUUACAGUUGAUGAAAGUAGCUGCUGUAUUGGCAUGCAUGUUUUUGAUUAUUCCAUCAGCUGGUGCUGUUGAUGCUCUCAAAACAUGUAUGUGCGCCAUAGAAGAGGAUAACAGGAAAAAAAAAGCUAUUGUAAUGAGAGUAAAAAAGAGUAUCCAUGUGUUCCAAGCAAGUUCUAAUACGGGCAAGGGCCACUUCAACUCACUAGAAAUGAAAAUUAUGGAGCUGCAGAAUCUCUAUUUCUAA